AAGACACACAUCCAGGAGGGAAAAUGCACUGUGGAUUCCUGUGCCGAUUCCUGUGGCUUUGGCCCUAUUUGUUCUACGCAGAAGCUGCGCCCAUCCAGAAAGUCCAGGAUGACACCAAAACCCUCAUCAAGACGAUUGUCACCAGGAUCAACGACAUUUCACACACGCGGUCCGUCUCCUCCAAACAGAGGGUCACUGGUUUGGACUUCAUUCCUGGGCUCCACCCAAUCCUGAGUUUGUCCAGGAUGGACCAGACACUGGCAGUUUACCAACAGAUCCUCACCAGCCUGCCUUCCGGAAACGUGCUCCAAAUAUCUAACGACCUGGAGAACCUCCGGGACCUUCUCCACCUGCUGGCCUCCUCCAACAGCUGCCCCUUCCCCCGGACCAGGAGUCUGAAGACCUUGGAGGGCCUGGACGAUGCCCUGGAAGCUUCCCUCUACUCCACAGAGGUGGUGGUCCUCAGCAGGCUGCAGGGGUCUCUGCAGGACAUGCUACAGCAGCUGGACUUCAGCCCUGGGUGCUGAAGCCUUGAAGGCUUGGAGAGAGCCUGAGUGGACAUGUUGAUCCAGGCCUCCAGUCCCUUCCUCUCUCACUCCUCCAAGCCACCUUCCCGAAGGUCAGUUCUGCCGGGGCUUGGCCACAGCCAGCCGCCAGUUGUUUGGGCUGAAGGACCCCCGAAGCACAGGACUGACAGCAUGAGCACAUGCUGCCCCAGAGCCAGGGAGGGUCUGCACAUCAGCCUGAGAAGCACCAAGUUUUUGAAUAAAUGAAUAAAACCCCAGCAAACAAAGACAUGCAGCUCCAUAGCAGGCUCCACCAGAUACGCAGGCUCGCAAAGACAGGACCGUUCUGGUUGCCGGCACAGAGCAGUCAUCCCUGCAGAACAUGAGGACUUGAGAGUUUGAACUUGAGUUCCGGGGUGGACUCGAGGGCUGGCCCAUCCAAGGGAGUCACUUCCAUGGAUGAGUUCAAGGGUCCCCAUCCCCCAAAACAUCUGGCUGAUUACUCCGGAGAUUUAAUGAGAGAACGACCCAGCACAGUGUCUAGUUCAAGGUAGAUGUAAGUGAAUCUGCUUCCCUUCACGUCUCAAUCAGCAACAGGCUUUAAACGCCAGUGAUCUGGGACCAGGAGCACAUGGACACAAACUCGCCUCCGUGUAGAUGACAGAGGCCGAGUCUUUCCUGUGCACUAGCUCAGGUGGGGGCGGAAGGGGAGGCCCGAGAAGAGGGGCAGUCAGGUGUGGCUGGAGAGCCUGAGUGGGUCACGUGGCAGCUGAGGGAAGUGGCUGGCUUCUGUAUCAGUCAAGACUCCAUUAGCUGCCAGCAGAAGGUGUUUGGGAGAAACUCAAGGCAAACUAAAUGAAAUAAAAAAGAGGGGAAGAAAGAGAGAACAUUUUGGCCUGUGUUGCUGAGGAGUCUAGGCCAUGACCCAUGUCUUACAACACUCUCUUUGCACUUACCCCCAGGGGCUAGAAGGUGCUAGUGCCAUGAUCCGCCCAGUCCCCGCAGGCCUGAGGUGGGUAACAGAGGCUUGGGGGUGAUGUGUUUGCCCCUUUGGUGGCCUCCAGGGACUGUCUGAGUUGCCUUGUUUCUGAGCAGCUCCUGCGGCUCCUCUCAGCCCCAGGGGCUCAGGAGGCCAGCCCACAGCAGCGGGUGUCUGAGCAGAGGCCUGGAGAGUCAUUCCCUUCUCUGUGAGGUGACUCCCGGGGUCAGCAGGGAAGGGGGUGUUUCUUAGAUUGUCCUUCCAGAUCCUUUUCCACCCUCAGGCAUUCUCUUGCACUCCCCUGAGGCAGCAGCUCACAGCUGGCAGAGUCUGGGGACAGCACCUGGCCAUGUUCAACCUCCAAAGUCAGGACUUUUGCAGAGUCCAGUGAGAAAAGCAUCAAAUCAAGCCAGAAGGACCUUUCAGAAGACCCCAGAUGCUUGCUUCACAGCAUCAUACAAUCAAGAAUUACAGCCCUAGCUGGUUGGCUCAGGGGAUAGCGUGUCAGCCUGCGGAUGGAAGGGUCCUGGGUUCGAGUCGGUCAAGGGCACAAGGGGAUCGAUUCCGAUGCCAGC